GCAUGUUACUUAAUUUAUAGAUAAAUUGAUUUUUAAUGUCAAUUAGCACUAUAAAAAUAUAAAGUUUAACGCAACAAUACAAACUUCAUGUGUUAUAAAUAGAAUCCAGUGUUUGUAGUCGUUGUUUCAAGUUUAACAUUCCAAAAACCAUGUCUUGCCUUCUCCACUCGCUUUCCCUCUCUCUCCUCCUCUUCCCCUUCUUCUUCUUCAUCUCCAUAGCCGCUCAAUCUAAUGAUACGCGUUACCCCAGCUGCCUUUCAUACAAUUGCGCAAACAUCACAAUCAGUUACCCUUUUUGGAGGCUCGACAGUGAAAUCCCUACCCAGUUCUGCGGUUAUGAAGGUUUUGGGAUCAAUUGCUCCAACAAUGUUCCAAUUGUUUAUUUCGGAAGCGAUUCUUAUUAUAUCCCUAGCAUAAGCUACGAAUCUAAGAGUAUUGUCCUUGUGGACUACGACGUUUCUCCCGUCGUCCCCGCCGUCGCCUGCCCGAGGGUACGCCAUAGCAUUGAUUGGGGAGAUUUGCCUUUCAAUUUCUGGGGGCAAAACGUUAACCUAAGUUUUCACUUUAAUUGCACCGGAGUACCUUAUUUUGCAAGAGAAAUAGGGUGUUUGAGUAACCUUACUAAUAAGUCGUGCGUUAAUAGUUUGAAUUUCGAGCCGGAGAAUUUCAAUUGGACGGUGUACUCUUGCGAUGACGCGGUGGUAACGACGGUGUUUGAUGUAUUCAGUUCAGCAAUGGAGCUGGAGACGGAGUUCAGUAGAGCCUUAAGACAAGGAUUUGAGGUAAAAUGGGGGAGGACGGAGGACUGCGAAAAGUGUGAGGAGUCCGGUGGGCGCUGCGGUCAUAAUAACAGUACGACGGAGCUCAUGUGUUUUUGUUCCGGUGGUGCGAUCACUAUGGGUCAUUGUAAAGAUUUGUGUCAGAGUUUGGUUCAUGUACCUGUGCAUACCGAUGGCAUGAAUGAGUUGUUGUAUGAAAAUUACACCGAUGUUUUAAGAAAAGGUUUUAUAUUGGAGUGGCAGUGUAGCAAUUGUGUGAGAAACGGUUCAGGGAGAAAUUGGGUGGUCAAGGCUAUUGCGGGUGUUGUUGGAAGUUUGUUUGGGAUUUUUGUAAUGGGUGGGAUUUGGUAUAUUUUGCGAAGACGCAACAACAAGAAGAAACGUUAUUAUGGUUCGUCUUAUAUGUCACGAAACAUUUCUUCGUAUCCAUCAUCAAUAACGGAUCCUGAGAAGAAUGACACCUACCAUGGUGUCCAAAUUUUUAAGUAUAGAGAGCUUGAAAAAGCCACAAAUUAUUUUGAUUCCAAGAAGGAACUUGGAGAUGGUGGUUUCGGCACGGUUUACCACGGGAAACUCAAAGAUGGACGUGAAGUAGCAGUGAAACGUUUAUACGAAAACAAUUACAAAAGGGUCGAGCAAUUCAUGAACGAAGUAGGAAUCCUCGCUCAUCUCCGUCACCGCAACCUCGUCUCCCUCUACGGUUGCACCACCCAUCACAGCCGUGAGCUCCUCCUAGUCUACGACUACAUUCCCAACGGCACGGUGGCUGACCACCUCCACGGCGAAAAAUCCAAACCCGGUUCACUCCCAUGGAUCACCAGAAUCAAAAUCGCCACCGAAACCGCUAGCGCCCUGGUCUACCUCCACGCCUCCGACGUCGUCCACAGGGACGUUAAAACAAACAAUAUUUUAUUAGAUAACAGUUUUAGCGUAAAAGUCGCCGAUUUUGGUUUAUCCCGCCUUUUUCCGACCGACGUUACCCACGUCUCCACCGCGCCACAAGGAACUCCGGGAUACGUCGACCCUGAGUAUCACGAGUGCUACCAGUUGACCAGUAAAAGCGACGUUUAUAGCUUCGGCGUCGUUUUGAUUGAACUUAUUUCGUCUAAACCGGCAGUGGAUAUUACGAGGCACAGACAUGAGAUUAACCUAUCGAAUAUGGCUUUGAAUAAGAUCCGAAAUGAUGCACUCGGUGAGCUUGUGGAUCCAAGUCUAGGGUUUGAGACGGAUUACGAGGUCAGGAAGAUGAUUAAUGCGGUGGCGGAAUUGGCUUUCCGGUGUUUGCAAAACGAGAGGGAUUGCCGGCCGUCGAUGGAGGAGGUGUUGGAGGGUUUGAAUAGUAUUCAGAAUGGGGGCUACGUGAAGGAGAAGGAGGAGGAUCUUGUUUUGGAUGAUGAUGGUUUGUCGUUGAAGGAAUAUUCGCAAACGAUGUCGCCGGAUUCCGUCGCGAUUGCUUGGAGCACCUCCACGAUCUCCACUUCCGGUGGGUAAUUUGGGCCUUGGGGUUAUGUCUCUGUUGGGUUUUAGAAGUUGGAUUAUGGAAUAUUUAUAGAAUAUUACGUCUGAUAAUGGGCUUACACAUGUUUUUACUACACUUUGGUGUCUUUUUUUUAUAGAAGAUCAUGUAUAUACCUUUUUGCCAUUACUCAUUCAUUUAUUAUUUGGGAUUUACAGACAAAAA